GUGAAAUCGGUGUUCAUUGAUAAGUCUGCGCUCGGAGAGGCAGGGCCGUGUACGUUGCACUCCGCUGACGUUAAAUGUCAUUUUAAUAUAUAUUUUUUGUUCUUUCUGUAACUUUUGUAAUUUUGUUAUUCACUGUUGCCUUUUUUUUUGAAAACUAGUAUAAACAUGGCCGCUAUUUCCCAGUUAAUCAAAUCGGCCAUCCGUCCGGCAUGCCGUGCGUUAUCCUCGAAAGCAUCUCCUCAUGCUGCUGAGGGAGCAUCGUUGGGACCCACUUUUGCCCUGUCCGAUGAGCAGCGGGAAAUUGUUGACAUGACGAAGAAAUUUGUCCGUGAGGAGAUCAUUCCAGUAGCUGCCCACCACGAUAAGACCGGAGAGUACCCGUGGGCAAUUGUGAAGAAAGCAUGGGAGCUGGGUUUGAUGAACAAUCACAUUCCUGCUGAUAUUGGUGGCACGGACAUGUCAAUCGUUACCAGCUGUUUAAUUGCGGAGGAGUUGGCAUAUGGCUGUACCGGUAUCAUGACAGCUCUCGAGGGAAGCGGUCUUGGUCAAACUCCAGUAAUCCUGGCGGGCAACGCCGAGCAGAAGAAGAAGUAUCUGGGUCGUCUGCUGGAGGAGCCUCUGGUGGCAGCGUACUGUGUGACCGAACCUGGUGCGGGAUCAGACGUCAAUGGCGUCAAAACACGGGCCGAAAAGAAGGGAGACGAAUGGAUUCUGAACGGUCAGAAAAUGUGGAUCACCAACGGUGGCGUAGCCAACUGGUACUUCGUCCUGGCUCGCACCAAUCCCGACCCCAAGUGUCCGGCAUCGAAGGCCUUCACCGGUUUCAUCGUGGAGCGGGAAACUCCAGGAUUGACACCUGGUCGCAAGGAGCAGAACAUGGGACAACGUGCAUCUGACACGCGAGGCAUCACGUUCGAGGAUGUGCGCGUGCCAAAAGAGAAUGUACUGAUUGGAGAGGGUGCCGGUUUCAAAGUUGCCAUGGGAACGUUCGAUAAGACCCGUCCGCCAGUGGCAGCUGGGGCCGUUGGAUUGGCCCAACGAUGUCUCGAUGAGGCGCUAAAGUACGCGUUGGAACGCAAAACGUUCGGUGUGCCCAUCGCUGCCCAUCAGGCAAUAUCCUUCAUGCUAGCCGAUAUGGCCAUCGGUGUGGAAACCGCUCGUCUGAUUACGAUGAAGUCAGCCUGGGAAGUAGAUCAAGGACGAAGGAAUAGUUACUAUGCGGCGAUUGCCAAAUGCUAUGCCGCGGAUAUGGCUAACAGAGUGGCAUCCGAUGCCGUGCAGGUAUUCGGUGGUAACGGAUUCAACACCGAUUACCCGGUGGAGAAACUUAUGCGCGAUGCAAAGAUUUACCAGAUUUACGAGGGCACCUCGCAAAUUCAAAGAUUGAUCAUCUCGAGGAGUAUGAUCGACUCGGCAAAGGGUAAAUCUUUGUAAGAAAAAAGUGUAGAUGUGUUAUUAUUUCCUUCUGAUUCAUGUUUUGUGUUAAGACAUUAAUAUUUCUGGAAAACUCUGGGAGUGGAGGAAAGUCUAUCAUGCAGGGAAAAACAAUCAACAAAUCAAUCAACCAAUGUAUCAUUCAUAGCAAUGUAGCUUAUCCAUUGUUAUUGCAAUUGAGAAUUUCUUGAAGAGUUUCAAAUUUACAAAAAAAAUAUUGAAAACUAGUAA